GCAAAUGUAUCGUCUGUUUAUAUCGGCCGAAGUUGUUUGACAGAUAAUCAUGAAGAUUGUAACAUGGAACAUAAAUGGGAUACGAACGUUCAAAAGUGGCAUCAAGAAAAUUCUGGAUUCAUUUGAAGCUGAUAUAAUCUGCGUCCAAGAGACUAAAGUUACCCGUGACCUGCUGGAGGAAAAUACAGCGAUUGUGGAUGGCUACAAUUCUUAUUUUAGUUUUAGCCGAGGACGAAGUGGAUACUCCGGUGUCGCAACAUACUGUAAAGAUAGUGCUACACCAUUCCUGGCAGAGGAAGGAUUGACAGGUCUGCUCAUCACUCAUGAGGCUGUCGGUUGCUAUGGUGACCAGCUUGAGUUUUCAAGUGAAGAGUUGCUGGCCUUAGACAAUGAGGGAAGGGCUGUCAUCACCCAGCAUCACUUCACUGGUGCAGAUGCACCUCAAACGUUGUCUGUGAUUAAUGUUUACUGUCCACGAGCUGAUCCAGACAAACCUGAGAGAAAACAGUACAAGCUCCAGUUUUACAAGCUUCUCCAAAGCAGAGCUGAAGCCAUCUUGCGCUCAGGAAGUCAUGUAAUCGUGUUGGGGGAUGUGAACACCUCUCAUCGACCCAUAGACCACUGUGACCCAGAGGAUGUGGAUAACUUUGAGGGUAAUCCUGGGAGAAAGUGGCUGGACCAUUUCCUAUCUGGAGCGAUAGAAAAUGGUGACAACGAAGAUCAAUUUGGGAAUAUCUCGCAGAAAUCUGCCUCGGGUGGCAAGUUUGUUGACAGCUUUCGUCAUUUCCACCCAAAGCGGUCUGAUGCCUUCACCUGCUGGUCCACAAUGACUGGUGCCAGACAGACCAACUAUGGCACACGUAUCGAUUACAUCUUCUCCAAUCGCUUUCUGGUGGAGAACGUAUUCACUGGAGUGGAUAUCAUGCCAGAGGUAGAGGGAUCUGAUCACUGCCCUGUAUGGGCACAACUUAGCUGUACCCUCCUGUCUAGUCCCAAGAUUCCACCUCUAUGCACACGUCACAUGCCAGAAUUUACUGGCAGACAGCAGAAACUUUCACGUUUUUUUGUCAAGGUUUCUGAAAAACAGAACAUAUCUAAAGGCUAUAAAGAGAGUCUUCCUGGAUCACAGGAGGCUGGGGAGAUUAGGGAAAACUUGAAUCCUGUGGUACAGGGGAACAAUAUUAUAAAGAAGAGACCAGCAGAUAAAGAAGCAGAGACGAAAGCACACAAAGCUAAAAAGAGCAAGCUGACAAAAACAGAAAGUAAACCCAAAGGUAACCUUUUAGCUUUUUUUAAGCCUAAACAAACACCGUUGAACCCUCCCAGUCUGGAAUUAAACCCAGACCCAGGUAGUGAGAGCCCAGCGUGUCUAACCAAUGCUAAACUGACUGAUGACACACACUGCAAUUCUACCCAGACCAAAAGCAGUGAUGUGGCUUUGGACACAUGUGUCUCCAUGGUAACCGAGACAAAAAAUCAGGAUCAACAGGACAAGGAAACUGCACCUGUAGAGAUGUGUAGGAAGGGCCCGUGUUCUAGUUUUUGGAAAGAGGUUUUGCGCGGACCCCCUCAGCCACCUCUCUGCAAGUCACACAAUGAGCCCUGUGUGCUACGGACGGUAAAAAAGGCAGGACCUAAUUUGGGCCGUCAGUUUUUUGUAUGUGCCCGUCCUCAAGGCCACGCUACCAAUCCUCAGGCCAGAUGUAACUUUUUUGCCUGGGUUGAUAAAGGGAAGUAGAUUAAACAAAAAAUCUUAUGUGUACUGUGUUUAAUAGUUUGUAUUAUAUGUAGCUUUUAUUUUAGAAAUAAAAUGGAAUUAAUCAUUUUUACUGUUCAAAUAAAUAAUAAAGAACAUUGUUUUUCAA